GAGAUUUCUUUCUUCUGGUACGAAAGCCAGCUCACCCGUUCAGACACCGCCGAAAUUGUUGACAGCAUUGGGAUGAGAUUGAUGAUAAUGAUGACAUUUUGUUAGAACCCACGGCUUCUCAAAAUGACGAGAUGCAUAUGGCUGCUUUAAGAGCUAAACAACGCAGACAGGAAGAAGAAUCUGAGCGUUUGGAAGCCCAGCAAAGAGCUCAAAAGAAGGCUGAUGAGUUGGCCCAGAAAUUGUCCAAAGAACAAGAAUUAGCUAGACAGCAAACAGCUAUGGCUAGAGAGCAGCAGUUAGCAAGGGAGAGAGCAGCUCAGCAACCAGCUGAACCUCCACAGAAGAGUAUUCUCACGCGCAACCCUAACAUUCCACGUUACAAUCCUUGGACUGCUCGUAUUCAUGCUCAGCAACAGCUGCAAACUCAACAAACUCAACAAUCACCACCUCCAUGGCGUAAACCAAAAGUUAAAUUACCAUACAACAACACCUCUAAGCCUCAACCGUUGACUACCAAGAUACCCUUCUACCCACCUUCGUCCGCAAUUAAUUAUAAAUUCGAUAAAAUACGCGUAAAAUUACCGAGAUCUAGGUAUGCAAGGACUAUAAAUGCCUCAAAUGGUAACAGUCAAAUGAGCCAUAAGAAUCAAAUUGACGCGUUAGAUGGACUGAUGGAUAAAAUCAAAUCAAUGAUGACACCACAGGUACCACCUACUCAACCAAAAGAGGUACCUUCAAGGGACACAAGGGACGCAACUUUCAACCCACCUUCAAAACCACGCUCAAUGUAUACUAAUGAAGCUGACUCAAGCAACUUCAACCCGAACGUCAACGCUAACGCUAACGCUCGCAGACAUUCACAUUCGCAAAACCCAUUACCAAGUCAAAGGGAGGAAUUUUUAAGGGCAGCUACAGCAUCUUCAACGUCAACGAUUUCAGAACCAUUGCAUAAAUCAUUUUCAUCGCACUAAUUUUAGUUUCUGUUAUACCCGAACAAAUUCAAAUACAAAUACACAAAACAAUCAAUUCAUUCUUGUACAUAUAUUAAUAGUCUAUAAUGGCGUUGGUUUAGC